AAUCAAUUAAUUUCCGCUCCCUCAAGCGUGCUUGUUUCCGCAGCAGCAAAAACCUUAUCGCCGCCUCCAUCAUGACGCGCACCGUGAUCGUCCUGUUCGCACUGGUCGCUGUGGUCGCUGCCGAGCCACCGUUGCGCUUCCGGCCCCGUGCCGCGUCCUUCGCUGUGCAGCGACCGAACGUACGCUUUGCCCGGCUGGAGGACGCACCGCCGGCAGCAGAGCAACCGGCCGGCUACCACUAUCCCAAGCCGAUGUCCGCCGGCUACCACUAUCCCAAGCCGGACCAAGCGUUCCCGCUGCCGGGCGAGGAGAUGCCACCCGCUUUCACCACCGAGCAGGCACCAGCCGCCGAGACGACGACACCGGUCCAGGAGGAGCAGUCGACAACGACGGAAUCGAGCGACACCAUGACUACCACUGCGGCUUACGAAGACUACGAAGAUGCUACUGGCGCCCCGGAACCGACGGCCGAUGAUACCAACGUGAGCGCUAAGCUGCGCCGCCGCCAGCAGCUUAACGCCCGCCGUCCUGCUCCCCUAACGCUGGUCAACCGGCCGAGCCAGCGUCUGGAGGAACUGCCUGCCGCCGUGUAUGUGGCUGACCAGGAGCAGCAGCAGCAGCAGCAGGUGGUACAGCAGCGUCCAGUGUAUCUCAUCAGUCUUCCCGAGUCGACCCUGCAGCAGCUCGUGUUGCUUAACAACGCGCAGCUUGCCGGGCUGCAGGUCGCUCCCCAGCCCACCGCCGUCUACCUGUCCGAGCUGGACUACAUCUACAAGAAGAAGUAGAACGCUCCCACCACCAUUCACGACACCAGUCUUCUAACUCUAGCACUCUACGGGUGCCCCAUACCGCUAGGAUUAGUAACGAUGCACCCUCGUCGGACCAAAGAUGCGUUCACUUCGCAGCGACCAUGGAAAGGCUCAGCCACACGUUACCGGUACACUGUAUAUAGAGCAAUGUAAUAAAACUUGUUACCACUCAUCA